GCUCACAGAAGAAAUCUUCUUGUUCUCACUUUGUCCUGUUUGUCUCACAAAGACGACGGUUUAAGUCCCGCUCAGAGGCGUCUCACGUUUGGAUUUCCUUCAUAGAAAGACUGUGCUGAACAGGAGCCAUGGGGGCACUGCAGUGUAUCAAAUACCUGGUGUUUGUUUUCAACUUUCUCUUCUGGCUGGCGGGCACUGCGGUGCUGGCUGUGGGCCUCUGGCUGCGUUUUGACUCAAGGACGGCCGGACUGUUUGAGGGACAGGACUCGCCGACCGUCUUCUUCACCGGCGUGUACAUCCUGAUUGCGGCGGGCGCUCUGAUGAUGGUCGUGGGCUUCCUGGGAUGCUGCGGAGCCAUUAAAGAGUCGCCGUGCAUGCUGGGAUUGUUCUUCCUCUUCCUGCUCCUCAUCUUCGCUGUGGAGGUGGCUGCUGGGAUCUGGGGUCUCUCCAACAAGGACCGGGUGGUCGAGGACGUCACUGAGUUCUACAAACAAACCUACGACAACUACAAGAACACCAAACAGGAAGCUCUGAAGGAGACGCUGCGUCUCAUCCACUUUGGACUGAACUGCUGCGGCCCCACGGGGACGCUGAUGGACGGGGCCAAAGACAUCUGCCCCAAGAAGGAGGGACUGGAGGUCUUCGUCACCACGAGCUGUCCGACCGCCAUCGACGAGGUGUUUAACAACAAGCUGCACAUCAUCGGCGGGGUCGGCAUCGGCAUCGGCAUCAUCAUGAUCUUCGGGAUGAUCUUCAGCAUGAUGCUCUGCUGCGCCAUCAAGAGGUCCAGAGACUUCGUCUAAAACUCGACACAAAAUCUCCUCCGUCUUAACUUCUGUGUCCUCACCUCCACCUCCGCCACUUCCUGUCUCUUUAAUAACAAUCGUCUCUCAGUUUCCCCGCUCGCUCCGUACAGGAUGACCUCACCGCGAGAGUACGGCGCCGCAGCAGCAACCACGCCCACAAAACACCCCCCCAUCAACGAAAUGUUUUUAUUCUGGCACCCGAAAUAAUCAAUGUGUUUCUGUCAUCAAGUCACAGAGCAGGUCUGCAGGUCAUCGAGUCACAGAGCAGGUCUGCAGGUCAUCGAGUCACAGAGCAGGUCUGCAGGACUGCAGGACUGCAGGUCUGCAGGACUGCAGGACUGCAGGUCUGCAGGACUGCAGGACUGCAGGUCUGUGCUGCCCCCUGGCGGACACUGGAGAUCACCUCAUUAACUCGCCACUGUUGAUAAAAAUCACUUUUUUUGUGUAAAAACGUGUUUCAGAAAAGUUUGUCGCCUGAGUCCGUUUGUGGUCUAACAGGCUUUUUGCAGCUAACUCGAUUUUACUGCAACACUUUUUUGUUUUUUUUGUUUUGUUUUUGCUUGUUUCUUAAAGUUUUGUGUUUUGACUUUUAUAAAAAGCAGAACUGCAGCGUUUUAUGCAAAUAUUGUGAUGAUUGCAGUUCAGAUAUAUCUUUAAAUGCCAAAUAAAUGAACUAAUGAACAAUGA